AUGAAUAAUACAGAUUAUACAAUUCUCCAGAUACUUCAGGGCAUGCAAGAAACACUUUUUGCAUUGCAAAAAGGCCAGGAAGAACUUCAGAAAGGUCAAGAAGCACUCCGGGAUGAACAAGCAUUGCUUAGGCAGAAGAUCGCCGAUGUUCAUAAAGAUAUGAAUGGCCGAGAAAGCCCAGGGCCGACAAUAGUACAUAACAAUCUCGGUGGAGCAAUUCCAAGACCAGUACCGAAUAUCAAAGAUAUAACUUUGGUACAUAUCUACAGAAUGAUGAGCCACGAUCUCGGGGUUAAGCUGGAUAAAGGAAACAAGGCAAUCCUUCACAUUUGUACAGGCCUUGUCUGCGAUGAGCUGGCCACUCUUCCUUCUGUGCAAGCUCUGGGACAAUAUCCAAACUGGAGUGCAAUUUCUCAAGAGGACAAGAACUGGGCGUGCACCAGACACGCCUGUCUACUUGGAAACAAUGGUAUAGACUUUACCAGAUGCCACAAAAACUGGGCAUCUGUUGCAAAGGUCAGCCAAUUAUGGAAAAACCGUAAAAAGCGACAGUAG